CUGGCCGCGCGGCCGCCGUUUCCCGCCGUCGCAAUGCUCCGCACGGAGAAGGUGCUGCAGCUGCGGGGCCAGCAGGGCCGCUCGGUGCGCGUCGUGCGGGAGCACUACCUGCGGCCCGACGUGCCCUGCCGCAGCGCCCUGUGCCGGGCCGCCUGCCCGCGCGAUGCCAAGCUGUUAUCAGAUGAUGUUACACAUUAUGUUGUCCCUGACUGCAAGAUUGUUCAAGAUUACCUUGAGAUUCUUGAGUUUCCAGAGCUGAAAGGUAUUAUUUUCAUGCAAACAGUAUGUCAAGCCGUGCAACACCAAAAAGGACGCAGACACUACAACAAGUUACGAAGUCUAGUCAAGGAUGCUCGGCACGACUGCAUUGUGUUUGCUAAUGAAUUCCACCAGCACUGUUACUUGCCAAGACAGAAGGGAGAACCCAUGGAGAAAUGGCAGACCAGGAGUAUUUACAAUGCAGCAGUCUGGUAUUAUCAUCACUGCUUGGGGCAGAUGCCAGUUGUUAUGGUAACAGAAGAUGAAGAUGCUAUCAGGCAGUACGGAAAUGAAACAGAAGGAGUGUUUGUGAUUUCCUUCAAGAAUUACUUGGAUAACUUUUGGCCUGACUUAAAAGCUGCCCAUGAACUCUUUGACUCCAUACUUCAAGCUCAGCGGGAGCGGGAGAGUGAAAGCCAAGAAAAUAAAGGGAAAGAAUAUCCUGAGCACUUACCUCUGGAAGUAUUGGAGGCUGGGAUCAAAUCUGGAAGAUACAAACAGGGCACACUGAAUGUCAAUAAGCACAGAGCACAACUGGAAGCUUUUGUUCGACUUCAGGGAUUUGCCAGCAAAGAAACAGAACUUCAAAGUGACAUCCUUAUUUAUGGGGCCAGGGCUCGAAAUCGUGCAAUCCAUGGUGAUGUGGUGGCUGUUGAGUUACUGCCUUUGCAGGAAUGGAAAGGAAGGACUGUUGCUCUCUGUGAAAAUGAGAGUGAGGAUAAAGGUCCUGCAGAGACCACUGGUGACCCUAUGCCCACAGGUAAAGUGGUUGGAAUCAUUCAAAAGAACUGGAGGGAUUACGUGGUGACUUUCCCCUCUAAAGAAGAGAUCCAGCCUCAGAGCAGAAAUGCUCAGAAAGUGCUUGUGACACCUUGGGACUACCGAAUUCCCAAAAUCCGGAUCAGCACCCAGCAAGCUGAAGCAUUACAGGACUAUAGAGUUGUUGUGCGUAUCGAUUCCUGGGAGUCAACUUCUGUGUAUCCAAAUGGACACUUUGUGAGAGUUCUAGGAAGAAUUGGAGAUCUUGAGGGGGAAAUUGCAGCCAUUCUGGUGGAGAACAGCAUUUGUGUUGCCCCUUUCUCAGAAAUUCAGAUGAGUGAAAUGCCUGCGAGUUCUGCAGAGAAUCCCUGGAAAGUGAGUCCAGAGGAGGAAAAAAAGCGUCUUGACUUGAGAGAUACACACUUGAUAUUCAGCAUUGACCCAAAAGGCUGUGAGGAUGUGGACGACGCACUGUCUGUCAGAGCGCUGCCCAACGGCAAUCUGGAGUUAGGUGUUCACAUUGCAGAUGUCACGCAUUUUGUGGCAGCAAAUUCUUACACAGAUGUUGAAGCCAGAGCGAGGGCAACAACUUACUAUUUAGCGGAUCGCCGUUAUGACAUGCUGCCCUCUGUCUUGAGUGCUGAUGUCUGCUCUCUUCUCAGUGGAGUUGAUAGGUAUGCUGUAAGUGUCUUGUGGGAACUAAAGAAAGAAUCCUAUGAAGUGCUGAGAGUCUGUUACAACAAGAGCAUCAUUCGCUCGGCGUACAAGCUAGUGUACGAGGCGGCACAGGGAUUAUUAGAUGGAGACACAAGUGUUGUUAGUGAUAUCCUGGAACUGAAAGACUUGGAUGAAAGAACGAGACAGAAGAAGUUGUCUGAACUGGUUUGGGCAAUAUCAAAACUCACCAAUAUAGCCCGACACGUUCGAGCCAAGCGGGACAGGCGUGGUGCUCUGGAGCUAGAGGGGGUAGAAGUCCGAGUGCAGCUGGACGAUAAACACAAUAUCCAUGAUCUCAUCCCCAAGCAGCCGCUGGAGGUGCACGAGACUGUAGCAGAAUGUAUGAUUCUUGCCAACCACUGGGUGGCAAAAAAGAUUGCAGAACGUUUUCCUCAUCAGGCUUUGCUGCGCCAACACCCUCCGCCACGGCAGGAGUUUUUCACUGAGCUUCGAGAAUGUGCCAGUGCCAAAGGUUUCUCCAUGGACACACGGUCUAACAAAACACUGGCUGAAUCUCUGGACAAAGCAAAUGACCCUUUGGAUCCAAUUGUAAACAUGUUGCUGCGGUCCAUGGCCACUCAUGCCAUGUCUAAUGCUCUCUACUUCUCAACUGGCUCAUGUCCUGAGCAGGAGUUCCAUCACUAUGGGCUUGCUCUGGAGAAGUAUACUCAUUUCACCUCUCCCAUUAGAAGAUAUGCUGAUAUGGUUGUCCACAGACUCUUGACAGCAGCAGCUCUGACUGAAGCUAAAGGUGAUGUUAAGGAUGAUGUGUUCAGUGAUAAGGACCUUCAGGAACUGUGCAAACACAUUAAUAACAGAAACAGGGCAGCCCAGCGUGCUCAGAAGCAGUCCACAGAACUCUUCCAGUGCAUGUACUUCAAAGACAAAGCCCCUGAAGCAGAGGAGCGCUGCAUAGCUGACGGGGUCAUUUACUCAAUCCGGACCAACGGCGUGCUGGUCUUUGUGCCCAGGUAUGGAAUCAAAGGUGCUGCAUACAUGAAAAACAAAGAAGGCUUAGUCAUCUCUUGUCAAGGUGACGGGAGCUGCGAGUGGAAGCCUGGAUCACUGCAGCGCUCUCAGAGUAAAAUUACUUCCACUACAACUACAGGAGAAUCAGUUACAUUAAGCCUUUUUGAUCAUAUUACGGUGAAAAUACUUGUGCAGACUUCACACUGCCAUGCUGACACCAUCAAGCUUGAGAUAAUGAAGAAUGCACCAUACCAGACUUCAGCCACAGAGGUCUCCCAGAAGAACUUCCACUUGGUGAAAUCUGACCUGGUAAAAGAAGUCAGUCAGUCUGCAGAGGAAGCCCAGCGUGCCCAGGAAAAGGCAAGAGCUGAAGUCAUUGAUGAAGACUAUCAGGAGUACUGCCAGACCAAGGGAGCCAGCCUGUACCAGCUGCUGGAGGAGAUCAGGGAUUUGGCCCUACUGGAUGUUUCAGCUGACAUCAGAACUUGAACUGCAACCUGGCAACAUCUGCUUGUUGAUGUUCUGCUACUCCUCACUUUGGAUCAUUAAGUUUGGAUUGUUUGGUGUUUUUUAAAGCAGGCUAUUUAACUAAUCAGAAGUCCUUUUAGUAAGAAACUAAAUGUCUAUUUUAAAUAAGAAUUAUUUUUACCUGAUCAUGAACAUGGAUGAAUUUUUAAAAGAUUUUGUACAUAAAUCUCAUC